AACUACGUUUCUGUAUCUCUAUAUAAAACUCGUUUCUGUGAAGAGAAGAGAAUUAUUCUUAAUCGUUACUGUAGCUCAUUAGUGAAGCGAAAUUCGUGACUGCAAUUUCUCAAAAGUUUAACGUCGAUCUGUGUGGUCGCGCGUACCGUGAUUGUUUCUAAUUUACGAAGGAGAUAAAAUUGGCAACUACAAAGGUCAGCGGAUCUGGAAAUGCUGUAAAAGUGUAAAUAAUGUUUCAUAACUGAAUACGAGGAAGGAAAAACGAACGGAAACGACAGAUUCAAGGAAACUACGUUGAGAAUAAUAACGUUUCUUUUCUUCAUCCGAGAUCCGGGAUCCCUUCUUCUGGGAUCCGGAAAUUAAUAUCACAAUGGAGCCCACAGUCCUGCUUAUCGCGGUCUUCAUGGUGUGUUUUUGUCUAUACAACAUCAUGAAAAUGACACGUUUCGAGAAAGUGAAUGUUCCACAUGAACGCCCAUACUUCUUCUUAGGCAAUAUGGCGCCCUUUUUCUUUCAACGCAUGUCCAUGAUGGAGAAUAUGGAAAGACUGUACAAACGCUUCCCUAACACAAAGUACUACGGCUUUUACAAUUUUAUGACGCCGACCUUUAUAAUACGCGACCCGGAACUUAUUACAUCGGUCGCCAUCAAGAACUUUAACAACUUCUGCGAUCACAAUAGUUUCGUAAACAAAGAGCUCGAUCCGAUGGCCAGCAGAAACAUAUUCAGCCUACGAGGCGAUCGUUGGCGCGAGAUGCGGAAGAUUAUCAGUCCAGCCUUCUCGUCCACUAAAAUGAAGAUGAUGUUCCAACUAAUGUGCGAGUGCGCCGACAACUUCAGCAAUCACAUGGUCAAUAACAAGGUCAACACAACGGUGAACGUGAAGGAAGAAAUGAGCAAAUAUACCAACGACGUGGUAGCCACAUGCGCCUUCGGCAUCAACGUGGACUCGUUUAAAUACCCGAAUAACGAAUUUUAUGUCAUGGGCAGGAAUUGCGUAAAUUUCGAAACCAGUUUAUCUUUUAAAUUUUUUCUGAAUAUACACUUUCCAAAUUUCGCCAAGUUCUUCAGAGUACAAGUAUUCAGUAAGGAGGUCGAGAACUUCUUUAAAGAGAUUGUCAGCAAGACAGUGAGCGUCAGAGAGGAGAAGGGUAUCACACGCCCGGACGUAAUUCAACUGCUGAUGGAAACCAAAGACAAUAAUAACAGACGAAUGUUCGACAUCGACGAGAUGACCGCUCAGGCGUUCGUCUUCUUCGUCGCUGGAUUUGACACCGUGGCAACGGUAAUGAGCUUCUUAGCGCACGAGGUCGCGGUCAACCCUGAUAUUCAGAGCAAACUGAGAACCGAAAUUGACCAAGUUCUCAAGGAGAACGGCGGAAAACCCACUUACGAGGCUAUAAAUAGCCUGAAAUAUAUGGAUGCCGUGAUAAACGAGUGUCUGAGAUUGUAUCCGUUAGGAGGCUUCAUUGACAGAAUAUGCGUCAAUGAGUUUGUAUUACCGCCGCCGACUCCAGGCGGCAAACCAGUCACUGUGAAACCUGGAGAGAGCAUCUGGUUCCCGAGUUACCCGCUGCAUCGUGAUCCCAAGUACUUCCCGGAGCCGAACAAGUUCGAUCCAGAUAGAUUUCUGAACGGCCACAUGGACAAUUCGGUUUACAUGCCGUUCGGUAUUGGACCUAGAACCUGCAUAGGCAACAGAUUCGCUCUAAUAGAGAUGAAAGUGAUGCUAUUCCACAUUCUAUGGCGAUGUGAUCUCGAACCCGACGCCAAAACUAAAAUCCCCAUUGUACUGAACAAGAAAACGUUCCUCACGAUGAUAGAUGGUGGCUUUUGGUUGAAAAUACGAGCCAGGAAUCGACAAUCUCCGCUGCGCGAUGAGUACUGAUGAACGGAUGAAGGGACAAAGAUAAAUUAUAAGUUUUGUAAUAUUUGCUUUAAACAUAAAACAAACUGUAACGCUUCAAUCAUGAACUUGAUUAAAUCUGAUAAAGAAUGUUUAAGAGACGCGAGAAUGAACAUUUGAACGACACACGAAGAAGAAAAUUAAUUUUAAACUAUCAAAUAUAUAGUUCGAAAUGUUCUUUUUUUCUUGAUAUGUGAACCGUGUCUGUGUUCUCAGUCAUUUUCAUCAUGUGAUUUUUUAAUAAAAAGACUGCGCGUAUCCAACGCUCGCCGUAGAAGAAAAAAAGUACCA